CGGAGAGCGUCCGGAGUCGGCCGACUGCGGACGUAGAAGAGGAAGUCGGAUCUUUCCGCUCGACGCUUUCGCCCAUUACCGAGACCACCGGGCGCAUGGCCCUCUCUCGCCUCCCUUUCUGAAGCCCGAAAGUCGAAAGAAUGUUUGUAGACGGGGAUAGGAAUCUCCGGCAGAAAUUGCUGAAUUUAGUGGGAAAAUUAUUGAGGACCAAAGACCCGGGAUCGGCCGCUGACUCGGACCCCGACGCCAGAACCCAACUCAAGAAAUGUCUGACGACGUUGGACCUGACUUCGCUGGGAGUGGGCAGCUGCGUGGGUACCGGAAUGUACCUUGUGGCGGGAAUGGUGGCCAGAAACAUUGCCGGACCGGGAGUGGUCAUGUCGUUCCUGGUGGCCGCCGUCGCCUCCCUCUUCUCGGGUGUGUGCUACGCGGAGUUCGGAGUUCGAGUGCCUCGCACCACGGGUUCGGCCUACAUGUACAGUUACGUCACAGUGGGAGAGUUCAUCGCCUUCGUCAUCGGAUGGAACAUGAUACUGGAAUACCUGAUCGGAACGGCGGCGGGAGCCUGCGCCAUCAGCGCCUGCAUCGACUCUAUGGUGGACGGAGCCAUAGGCAAGACCAUUAGAGACUCUCUGGGAACUUUCAUCGGUCACACUCCAGACGUCUUAGCGGCGGUGAUAACCGUGCUGAUGACCAUCCUGAUGGUAGCCGGGGUCAAGAAGUCCCUCUUGUUCAACAAUGUGCUAAACGCCGUCAACCUGGCCGUCUGGGUCUUCAUCAUCGUGGCCGGACUCUUCUACGUCGACGGGAGGAACUGGUCGCAACACGGAGGAUUCCUCCCUUACGGAUGGUCCGGGGUUCUGGCCGGAGCCGCCACCUGUUUCUACGCCUUCAUCGGGUUCGACAUCAUCGCCACGACGGGAGAGGAGGCCGAGAAUCCCAAGUGGUCCAUUCCGACGGCCAUCAUCCUCAGCCUGAUUAUAGUGCUCACAGCCUACAUCAGUUCCAGUUUGAUGAUAACUCUGGUGCUGCCUUACGACCAAAUCGACGCCGAGUCGGCUCUGGUCCAGAUGUUCGACGCCAGAGGAGCCACCAAGUCCAAGUACGUCGUGGCGGUGGGUGCGCUGGCCGGUCUGGUGGUCAGCAUGUUCGGCUCCAUGUUCCCUAUGCCCAGAGUCGUCUACGCCAUGGCUAAGGACGGACUCAUCUUCAGGUCUCUGGCUCGGGUGUGGCCCGUCACCGGAACUCCGGCCUCCGCCACCUGCUUCCUGGGAGCGGCCACUUCCUUCGUCUCUCUGAUCGUCGGACUGGACGUUCUGGUCGAAAUGAUGUCCAUAGGUACCCUGAUGGCCUACACCCUGGUGUCUACUUGCGUGCUGAUUUUGCGCUACCAGCCCAGGAAGACUACUUUGGUGGAGCUGUUGCCCGAGAGCAUCCGGUCGGCCUGCCCCACUCCGUCGAAGGAGGUGCCCGACUCUAUCCUGACUGCCGGAACCACCACCGUCCGCGCCAAGCGGACCAACAGAGUAGAGUCUUCGGACAGCGACGAGUCUCCUCCCCCUGCUCCCGAAGACAACCCCGGAUACGGCAGUCUGCCGGUGCCUCGAGCCGAGAAGGAAGAGCCGUUCACGGCCCCUCCGCACCAAGAGAAGAGUAAGAUGUUGUCCUACCUGUUUCCCUACUGGAAUCGUCCGGGUCCGGCCACGGAAAAGACGGGAAUGCUGGUGAUGAAAGCAGUGGGAGUCCUGUAUCUGCUGAUAGUCGGCAUGGACCUGAUCGUCGUCUGCGCCAUGCCCGCUCUGGAAGCGGGAAGCGGCGCUGCCAUCUUCUUUCUUCUCAUCUUUCUCUUCGGUCUGAUCGCCUGUCUCGUCGUCAUCGCCAGACAACCCCAGUCCGAGUGCGAUUUGAAGUUCAAGGCUCCAGGGAUCCCCUUUGUUCCGGUGGUGGCCGUCACCGUCAACAUCUACCUGAUCAUGAAGCUGUCCAUCCUGACGCUGGUGCGAUUCACCGUCUGGAUGAGUGUGGGUCUACUGAUGUAUUUCUGUUACGGCAUAAAACACAGCACGAUAGAGAAAGUAGAGGACGGACCUUUCGAGUUGCAGAUUCCCCGGAGGACCGCGGAGAAGGCCGAGGCCCGAGAUCUUUCCUGGAGGACGACGGAGACUCCCGCCGACGACACUUUCGAAUCGGAACGUCACCCGCCGGCGAGCAAACAGUGGGAAACGUUCGAGUGAAUUUUGUUAUUUUUCGCGCGGUCGCAUCUUUUCUCUAUUCCAUUGUAAUUAUGGUUAAGUGCCGCCGAAUGGUUUUCUUCUAUUCGGCAUCCCCGUCGUUGUCGAUAUCAAAAUAUAAAACAUUUCGUUCCUUCCGAAUCCCUGUUCUUUUCCUUUCUUUUUCUUCGCGACGGUAUCGCAAUCCGGUGACCGAAAACGAAAGUAUUUCGUUGACGUCUUAGAAUAUAUAAAGGUGGAGGAGUACAGUCGCUUUUAAUUCGAGUCGAGCCGUUUAGUUCAGCAGCUACUUUUAGUGAUUUAACGAAUCACAGGUAACUUAGUUACUAACGGCUCGUUUUUCUUUCUUUCGCUUAAAACUAUAACAUUGCAAAUUAUUAAAAUUAAAUAAAUAAAUAAAUUCUAAAACGAAUUCCAGAAGUAUUGCUUCAAUGCAGUGGCGUAAUUAUUGAUAUAUACGAGUGGACCCCUGUGCAGCAUUCCCAAAACGAGCCUUCAUUGGGCUAUCUGUAAUAUUUUUGGCGACACGGCCUAACAUAAAUAAAAUUAUAAAGUAAUAAGUAGCUUAAUUUAUUCAUUUUAAAAGUAAUAAACUAUAGAAACAUCAGUAUACUGUAGUCCUACUUACUUUGUGAUGAAUACUGGCUGCCUAAUUUUUUUUAUGGAUUUAAUUACAUCGAAUAUAUCCACUGCCUUGGACAAGUCCAGUUUCUUCUUUUCUGAAUUUUUGAUAGAAAGUAAUGCUAAAUCACUUAAUCUCCCUUCGGCCACUGAGCACAAAAAUAUUCCGGAAAAUUGAAUAUUUACACAAGAUGUGAUAUUUUCGAAUCCUGCUUGUGAAUCUAUCGAUGUAAAUCUUAUUUUCAACAAGAAGGUUCAUGUAUAGUUCUUAUGUCUUUCAACAAUAAAUGUGAUAUAUUAACCACAUUUCACUUUCAUUUCUCAAACCCCUUAAAAUGAGAAGUAUUUCCUAUUAAAUCAUUAAAAACUAUAUACAAAUUAUUUUAAAAUGAUUUUCGUAUUAAAAAAUGUAAAUGUACCGUACCUGUUACAGAAAUAUAAUGCAUAUACUUUUUUAAUAGAUAGGAAAAAUAUUUUAAUGUAAAUAACAGCAACGAAAUAAAUAAGAAAUUCAAAUUCGCGCAAAGUUUACCCGAUUAUACUCCUCUAAUUAUUAAUAUUAUAUUAUUUUGAUCGUGUGGAGGUUGCCACAUUUUGAAGUGCCACUGUACUGUACGUAAUCACGUUUCCCACGGUAAUCAGUAAAAGUAAACAUUUUUUCCUAUCGGAGUAUUUUGAGCUUGCCAUGUUUCUUCCUUCUUCAAGAGAUCCGCUCCUAGCACUGGUCAAUCGGCACCGUCACGGGAAUAAUUCUCUUAUGUAAUAAAACAAUUAUGUUGGUAGAGUGGAGAAGCCAAGUGCUCCUAGUUGCUUAGGAGCCCAGUGCAACUUGCAGGUAACAUAAAUGGUAGUUAUGCGUGAACGGAGUCUUUAUGACUCCACUCGCUGACAGCUUUAUUAAAAUGACUCGUUCCGAGCGCAUUUAUUAACGCAAACCAUAUGCAGUUUUAAUACAGACUCAGACUCGUACUCUCACCCCUGUUUAUGUAUUCUAAGGUUCACGAUCUUCCUUUCGAUUUUCUGCCGGAUUUUUAUUUGAAUUUCGAAGUGUUCCUGUUAGUCGGCUUUAUUAGGCUGAGUUUUCGACCAUAAAUGUCACCGGCGCGUCUUGGCAUCGAAGAAUUGUGGGAUACCUUUAGCCGUUUGAUUUUUUAACCCUUUAUAUUUAUUACGGAUGUUUGGAAGUUGAAAUUAAAAAAGAAAAAUCCAAA